AUGGGCCAAGGAUCCAAGGUUAGGGUUCCAGAAAAGAUUGGGGCCGAGAGGGAGAGAGGGAGGAAGGAGAAGGAGAGGGGAGGAGUGUCCCUCACCGGAAUUACUUCAGAUUUUAGUUUCAUGUGUGGAACGAGACCUUUAAAUUAUAGGUCUCCAGCAGCCUUGGGCCAAUAUGUGUGCUGCAGUUUAAGGUACCACACCACGCUGAAAUCCCGCGUCUCCGUAUCCCUGCCAUGGAAGCGCCUGGGCGGGCGUGCUGGCGGCAGCUUCUCCAGGAAGUCACUCGCGUCUGUCCCUGAGAGCGACAAACACGAGCGCCGCGUCCACCGAAGCAGCGCCGGGGAGCGUCGGCUCACCCUUCCCGCCGAGCUCCAGGAAACCGACCCUCCACCGUCGAUCCCUGCAUCCCUCCGAAGGAAGCUCGACGGGGGUAAAACAGAGGAAAGCUGCAGAAGGAACUGCAUCCGUGCCGCUGUGAAGGAAGAGUUGAAAGAUGGGCCCACUUGUAUCCCUACUCUGCAGGUCCCCACCUCAAGGCCUCAGAAGGCUGUGGUGCUGUCCAUGGAAGAGCUGUCCAAGCUCAUCUCCACCUCCGGCGCCGUCCAAGACAGAUAA